GAGCUUUAGACACCGGAGGGGGCACCUGGGACCAACUUCUCGGAGCGGGGAGCCCGGCGGGGGGGUGGGGGAGCCAGAGACCUGCGGCCUCAGCCCCUCCGAAGAACCGGGAGAUGACGGGCAAAGCGGGAGAAGCGCUGAGCAAGCCCAAGUCCGAGACAGUGGCCAAGAGCACCUCGGGGGGCGCCCCGGCCAGGUGCACGGGGUUCGGCAUCCAGGAGAUCCUGGGCUUGAACAAGGAGCCCCCCAGCUCCCAUCCGCGGGCCGCCCUCGACGGCCUGGCCCCUGGGCACUUGCUGGCAGCGCGCUCGGUGCUCAGCCCCGCAGGAGUGGGCGGCAUGGGGCUGCUGGGGCCCGGGGGGCUCCCCGGCUUCUACGCGCAGCCCACCUUUCUGGAAGUGCUGUCCGACCCGCAAAGCGUCCACCUGCAGCCGCUGGGCAGAGCAUCGGGGCCGCUGGACGCCAACCAGACGGCCAGCUCGGAUUCCGAAGAUGUUUCUUCCAGUGAUCGAAAAAUGUCCAAAUCGGCUUUAAACCAGACCAAGAAAAGGAAGAAGCGGCGACACCGGACAAUCUUUACUUCCUAUCAGCUAGAGGAGCUGGAGAAGGCAUUCAACGAGGCUCACUACCCAGAUGUCUACGCCCGGGAGAUGCUGGCCAUGAAAACAGAGCUGCCAGAAGACAGAAUACAGGUCUGGUUCCAGAACCGCAGAGCCAAGUGGAGGAAGAGAGAGAAAUGCUGGGGCCGGAGCAGUGUCAUGGCAGAAUACGGGCUGUACGGGGCCAUGGUGCGGCACUCCAUCCCUCUGCCUGAGUCCAUCCUCAAGUCAGCCAAGGAUGGCAUCAUGGACUCCUGUGCCCCGUGGCUACUGGUUCAAGAUGGCUUUCCCAGGCGCUUUUCUAAACCCGAAUACCAACAAUUCUUUUUAGGGAUGCACAAAAAGUCGCUGGAGGCAGCAGCCGAGUCGGGGAGGAAACCCGAGGUGGAACGCCAGGCCCUGCCCAAGCUUGACAAGAUGGAGCAGGAGGAGCGGGCCCCCGACGCCCAGGUGGCCAUCUCCCAGGAGGAACUGAGGGAAAACAGCAUCGCGGCACUCCGAGCCAAAGCUCAGGAGCACAGCACCAAGGUGCUGGGGACUGUGCCCGGGCCAGACAGCCUGGUCCGGAACACCGAGAAGCCAGAGGAAGAGGAAGCCAUGGAUGAAGAUAGGCCAGCUGAGAAGCUCAAUCCGCCGCAGCUGGAGGACAUGGCUUAGGCCAAAGGGGCACAGGCUCUGGAGCCCCAAGACUCUAUCCCUCCUGGGACCUGUGGUGCCCAGUUCGCUCCAGGCAGGACCAGGCCUGGCUUCUGCCAUACUACCCUGUCCUACAGGCCUUCCAUGACCCCUGCCCAUUCUAGGUACAGGUCAGUUCUGGCUGGAGCUUUGGGCCAUACUGAGAUGUCCUGGAGCUAGUCCUGACGCUCCAGCACCCCCUUCCUCCUCCCAGCAUCACACCUCGGAAGCCUUCUUGCUUCCCAACCAGCUCCUCAAGUCCUUGCCACCCAACCCCUUAGCCACUCUCGCGGCUCAAGUCCACCCCUGAUGCUGUGCUCUGGCUCUAGAGAACCCUCCUUCCCA